UUUUGGAUCAUGAUCCAAACACGCUCGCCCCCCUCUUGCGCUGGUGGCUGUCGCUCCAACCCAUUCUCUAGUGCUGCUGUGGCGAGGAGCCCUUUUCGCCAUCCAGAUCACGACGGCGCCUUCAACCCUCGGCCGCCGCCUACGAUCUCCUUUCCUCUCCGCAAUCGAGUAAAACCAGCAGCAUGGGCCGGAAGGCUGAUGGUUUGUACAUAAACUCCAAAAAGUUUGGAGUUGUUGGGAAGCCUUGCAUGAAGGAGAUGCUGUCAUUCCUUGGUUGCUUAUCUCUGAACAAGAACAAUGAUGAUAAAUGUGUCCGGCAGAAAGAUCUCUUGCUUGCUUGUGCUGAAGCUCAGAGAGGAAAGCCGAAAAAUCCAGCGAGGACCAUCAAUUACCAUUUGCAGCGUCUUGGCAGAGACAAGUUCUUAUAGUUGACUUUUAGCAUGUUAUAUUCUUAACAUAUGCAGAGCUUUUGUGGGCAUCAGUUUCAGAUAUGGAUGUCUUAAUUGUUUGAUUGUGGACUUAGUAUUUCAUUCUGAUCAGUUGAGAGAAAGCAAAUACUUGAAGUAGAUCUGGUUCUCUAAGUUAUUGCUUUCAUUGUUGGUGAAGAUAUUAUCUCAUCAAAAUUAUAAGCUUCAAUUCUAGCCAAUACAAUCAUCUGAUUAGGAGCUGCUGAUAGCCGAGCUGGUUCCUAUCAAGGUAUCCACUGUCCAGUAUACAUUCCACAAUGAGACAUUGUGCUUGUGAGAUGAUUUGUUACUUCAUUGGUAUUUAUGCUGGAUUAAUGUUUCUCUU